UCAGUAGACAUACAUGCAGUAAGAAGGAUCUUAACUGAACCAAUUGAUGUGUUAGGUGUUUCCGAGGGCCGUCUUAGUUUCAAUCACAGCCUUCCGGCUUCAAACUCUCAAGGACAACUUUUCUGUGUGCUUCUCCGAGACCCUUCAGAACGAAUUUCGGUCCACAUCAUGGCGGACCCAAGGGCAGCAGAGCGGUUUGAUCUGAUCAAGGAGAAUCUCGCUGAGAUUUUGAACCCAGAGAUAAUAGAAAACAUCUUGGCUGAAGGACGGGAUCCGAAGAUCUAUUGGGGUACCGCAACAACCGGCCGUCCCCAUUGCGGCUACUUCGUUCCUGCUAUCAAAAUCGCACAAUACCUCGCCGCUGGCUGUGAAGUGACAUGCCUUAUUGCAGACAUUCAUGGUUUCCUCGACAACCUCAAAGCUCCUUUGGAGCUUGUCGAGAAGCGAGCCGACUUUUAUCAGCUAGUAGUCUCUGCCAUGCUGGAAUCAGUUGGCGUAUCAACCAAGAAACUGAAGUUCGUCCUGGGGAGCUCCUAUCAGAAGAGCCCUGAGUAUGUCAUGGACGUCUACAAGCUCAGUUCUUUGGUCUCAGAGCACGAUGCGAAAAAGGCAGGGGCAGAGGUCGUCAAGCAGACAGACAAUGCUCCUCUGAGUGGUCUCCUUUACCCAAUCCUUCAAGUUCUAGAUGAGAAGCAUCUUGGCGUGGACGCUCAGUUCGGAGGAGUGGACCAGCGGAAGCUUUUUACCGCCGCUAAGGACUGGCUUCCUAAGAUUGGCUACAAGCAGUGUGCCCAUCUCCUCAAUCCCCUGAUCCCUGGGCUCGGCCAGGGGGGCAAAAUGAGCUCAAGCGACCCAGAGAGCAAAAUCGAUCUUCUUGACCCUCCGGAGGUUGUAGCAAAAAAGAUACGCAAGGCAGUAUCAGCUCCCCAAGUCACGGAAGGAAAUGGUCUCAUCGCGUUUGUGGAGUUUGUCCUACUCCCAGCGUCAUCUCUGUCGCGUGGCCGCCAAGAGCUUGUGGUGGACCGUAGUCGGGAUGGAUUGGAGCCGUUGGUCUACUCAAGCAUUGGGCAACUAAAGGAUGAUUAUCAAAAGGAUGUCUUGACACCCCAACUGCUCAAAGCCGGAGUCACUAAGGCUCUCAAUGAUCUUCUAGAUCCCAUUCGAGCCAAGUUCCAAGCCUCGAAGGAGUGGCAGGAGGUGACCAUGAAGGCUUACCCACCCGAGGAGAAGCCAAAGAAGGAGAAGAAAGUUAAGAAAGUUGGCACUGGAUAUCCCGGAGCGAAGAUGGAGGCUUUACCUGACCGGACUAAAUCCGACCAAGCACAAUAGGUGGUAAUGAGAAGUUCGUCUGCCCCAAAGUUCCUGCCAUUCAGACAAAACAAGCAGAGACAAGCAGAGCACAGCAGAGCAGCAUACAAUUUGCUAUGUUGCUACUUGCUGCGCCGGGGUUGUGCCUAUCCCCGAUCAUCACGUAGAUAGUGUACAUGGAAGUGGGAUUGCCUAGAGAUAGGAUACACUCAAAAUUAGACCUUCAUGGCUUUAGGCUAUAGACUGUCAUGGUUUUUAUACCGUCAAUUGAAGUCGUUAUUGCGUCUUGCCUCUCGCAAUUAAGUGUACAAGUCACAAAUUAGCUUUUCUAGGGCUCA